UGUGUAUCUGCCUGGGGAUUUGAGAGGCUAUAAAAUGAAGGAACUUACUGUAACCGGGACGCAUUCUGUAGUUAGGGUUCCCUUUGUGAACUCCUACACAGAAACUAAAAUCAGUCCAAUGCUUUAAUCACUGUCUAACAUACAGAGAGACAUAACUGUCGAUUUCCUCUGACUUUCAAGCUGAAAACGUUUCAUUAGGUCGCCGGGUAGAGACAGCCGAGCCAUGGCUGGGGACGGGUCGGACCAGCGGGCUCUGCAGUAUGAACAAACUCUGAUGUAUGGGCGCUACACCCAGGAGCUCGGGGUGUACGCCAAAGAGGAGGCCGCUCGGCUGAGGGAGAGUGGGCAGAGACGAUCGGUCAGCCGGACCCUCGACCUGCUGGAGUACAACAAGGGACGCUGUGCCAAGUGUCGCAGGUCAGGGUACCCGUAUGUUCUGGAAGCUCCACCCCAGGACUUUAUCUCUGUCUGCACGGUUCGCUGUCAGAAGUUCCUGAUCUCACGGGUCGGGGAGGACUGGAUCUUCCUCAUCCUGCUGGGACUCCUCAUGGCCCUGGUCAGCUGGGUGAUGGACUUCUGCAUUGCCAUCUGUCUACAAGCACAGAAAUGGAUGUACGGUGGUCUGGACAGUAACGUGUUUCUGCAGUAUCUGGCUUGGGUCACCUACCCUGUAGUCCUCAUCACCUUCUCAGCUGGCUUCACCCAGAUUCUCGCACCCCAGGCUGUUGGUUCAGGGAUUCCAGAGAUGAAGACCAUCCUGCGAGGAGUUGUGCUGAAGGAAUACCUCACCUUCAAAACCUUCGUGGCCAAAGUCAUUGGUCUCACCUGUGCUUUGGGCAGCGGCAUGCCCCUGGGCAAGGAGGGUCCGUUCGUACACAUCGCCAGUUUGUGCGCUGCUCUCCUCAGCAAGUUCAUGUCUCUGUUUGGAGGAAUUUAUGAGAAUGAGUCUAGAAACAUUGAGAUGCUGGCAGCGGCCUGUGCUGUGGGAGUUGGCUGCUGUUUUGCUGCCCCCAUAGGCGGUGUGUUGUUCAGUAUUGAAGUAACAUCGACGUUCUUUGCUGUGAGGAACUAUUGGAGAGGUUUCUUUGCUGCUACCUUCAGUGCCUUCAUCUUCAGAGUAUUGGCUGUGUGGAACAGAGACGAAGAGACCAUCACAGCCCUUUUUAAAACCAGUUUCCGGCUAGACUUUCCGUUUGACCUCCAGGAGCUUCCUGCUUUUGCUGUCAUUGGUAUUGCCAAUGGAUUUGGUGGUGCUUUGUUUGUCUACCUGAACCGACUGAUUGUCCAGUUCAUGAGAAAACAGAAGGCCAUCAACAGAUUCCUCAUGAAAAAACGUCUGCUGUAUCCAGCGCUGGUCACUUUACUUAUUUCUACACUAACAUUUCCCCCAGGCUUUGGACAAUUUAUGGCUGGCAAGCUGACCCAGAAGGAGUCUCUGGUGACAUUACUGGACAACCGGACGUGGGCGAAACAGGGCAUUGCUGAGGAAUUCGACUACAUCGGACACUCUGAAGCAUGGAAACACCCACAGGUCAACGUCUUCGUCACCCUGGUCCUCUUUAUUGUCAUGAAGUUCUGGAUGUCUGCCCUGGCCACCACCAUUCCAGUGCCCUGCGGAGCCUUCAUGCCAGUAUUUGUCAUUGGGGCAGCUUUUGGUCGUCUGGUUGGAGAAAGCAUGGCAGCCUGGUUUCCAGAUGGCAUUAACACAGAUGGCACCAUCUACCCCAUAGUGCCAGGAGGCUACGCUGUCGUGGGUGCUGCAGCCUUGUCAGGUGCGGUCACCCACACGGUUUCCACUGCAGUCAUCGUGUUUGAGCUGACUGGCCAGAUUUCCCACAUCCUGCCGGUGAUGAUAGCAGUGAUCCUGGCCAACGCCGUGGCACAGUCCCUGCAGCCCUCUCUCUAUGACUCAAUCAUCAGGAUCAAGAAGCUGCCCUACCUCCCAGAGCUGGGCUGGGGACACCAUGAGAAGUAUAAUAUUCGUGUGGAGGACAUCAUGGUGCGGGACGUGCGGUACAUCACACUCAACUGCAGCUACAGAGACCUACAUAAUGUCCUACUGACGGGUCACCUCAAGACUCUGGCACUGGUGGAAUCAACUGAGUCCAUGAUCCUGUUGGGCUCCAUCGAGCGAGCCCAGCUCCAGGCGCUGCUCUCCCUGCAGCUCGGCCGCCCUAGACGACUAGAGUACAUCAGGGAACGAGCCCUUGAGGAAAAGAAACGUCUGUCAGUCGUGUCAAACGUUAGCAGCGAGAACAUCAGCCACCGGGCCAGUCAGGAGGUCCGCUUCCAGAUCUCAACUGAGGACUCAUCCUUAAGCCCUUCUCGUCCAGUCCCUCAGAAGCCCCUCAAACCUGCACUGAAGAGACCCUCUGUGGUGGAGCGAGCCACUGAGAUCCCCACCGGUCCACAUGAUCAUUCAAGCAUUGCUUUAAAGAACCUGUUCUGUGCCAGUCCAGAUCCAGAAGCCCUAGAGAAAAACAACAACAUGGAGAGCCCCAUGUCUCCUGAGCUCAGGAGGCCGCCCAAACGAGUCCGGAUAUCCGUAGUGGAGCCACCACCCAACUUAAAGAGUUACUUUGCGGACGACGUAGAUGUGGAGGAUGACAUGACCAUAAGAGAGAUUACAGAGUGGGAGGAGAAGCAGCUUGAUGAGCAGGUCAAUUUCAACAACUGCAAGAUCGACCCCGCCCCAUUCCAGCUGGUGGAGCGUACAUCGCUGCAUAAGACCCACACCAUCUUCUCCCUGCUGGGCCUCGACCAUGCCUUUGUCACCAGCAUUGGACGCCUCAUAGGGGUGGUUUCUCUCAAAGAGCUUCGCAAGGCCAUCGAGGGCUCUGUGACAGUGAAGGGUGCGAAGGUGCGUCCUCCUCUGGCCAGCUUCCGGGACAGCGGUACUAGCAGCAGCGAGAAUGAAGCCACCGAGCUCCACAAGCUAUGGGAUCGCCACAAGAGCAUGCCGCUGCCCCGUGAGCCCACCCCCUCCGAAUCUGACGAGAAAUCCCUGUGAGGGAAAAUAGAGGCGGAGGAGGAAGACGAAGAGCAGUGCUCUCUCCAGGAGUCUUGCACUGACCAAGCCAGACACUCGACGGGAGAGAGGAAAUCAACUCAACCUGUGCCCUUCUCUCCAUUUACCUUCGGGAACCCACAGCAGAGCAAAUGUGGAUAGGGGUUGGGGGACUCAUGUUGAUUCCAGCAAGGUACUGGGAAUAAGUUGAGAUCUUUUAAAAAGGGAUUUUUUUAGCAGACUUUGUUUAGCUUGUGUAUCUUUAGAGUUGAGAUCAAACUUUGGACCUGAAAAACGUUAUCCGUUGAACAAGUCUUCCACUUGAGAAGAGAAAGCAAUGAUGACAAGAAAGAAUAAUGUGAGUGUGUACUGUACUUUAACUGUGAGUGUGUGAAAUAAGAUAAUGUGAGUAUGCAUGAAGGGGGAGGUAGCAAACUAUUUCUUAUAGAAUUCUUUUAAUACGUUUGGAAUACAUUUCAUUCUUUGUUUUCCAGCUUGGAUAAUAUCAUUUCUGAGUGAUCAGGUGGUCUGGGUUUAACUGGAAUUUGCCAUGGAACAAUUUUUUUGUACAUUACUCUACAGUUUGUCCCAUUGACUAAGGGGACUAAGCACUGGACUAAGGGGACUGGUGCAUUAGUCUGCGUUUUUUUUCCUUGUUUCCAUUUUACCUCUUUUCCUUUGUCUUCUCAUCUCUUCACUGUGAGUCUUAAUGGUCAGAUUGAGAGUACAGUCUAUGCAAGCAGACAUGCCUGUUGGCAGUGGCAGAAGCACGUGUAGCCCAUUUAAAAAUGUACACUCCUUUCAUACUGUGGCUGCGGCCUUACAUUACAAAGACACAAAAAAGAUUGCAGAGAGACGUGGUUUUCUGCUUAUCUAAAUCUAGCUCCUAAUAACUAUUCCAGGGAAGGUUGGGGCGGAUGGAGAGGGCAGGAAGCGAGGGAGCAAAUGGAUGGCUGAAAGAAUGAAGACAUCAUUACCUAACCAGCUGCUCUGGGCACUCUCAUCAAUCUGCCUUUGAACGCUAACUGUUAGCUAACCUCCAUUACUAUCACAGACAGACGCCCCCCCACCAGCUAUAUGAUGUAAUGGUACAGGGCUCAGACAGACACUGUUCUCAAUAUAUACAGCAGCAGAUGGCAAUAUGUGAGCAGAAUCAGCUUGCCUAAUGCAGAAAAAUAGCUGAAGUGAAGUAAAGAAAGAUCCAGUGAGAUUAAAAUCACUAAGGGAAAUCCAUAAUUGACCAAUAGUGAGUGAUCAAAGAAGUAGUUUAACCAUUUAAAAUGUACCUGGUUCACCACUGUAAGUCCAAACCAUAACAAAAUAUUUGCUCCAGCUACUAGCCCAACGUAGUUGACUGAUUGAAUCUGGAACUCGAGCCAUGAAUGAUUUAUGGCAGCAUGGUUUCUGAUUCAGAAAGCAGUCUGACAUGACAGAUAAUGUAUAAGUACAGUGUAUUUAAUAAUUCAUGCCUGCCAUAAUGCUUGAGGCUUGUCAGUGCACUAUCUGCUCCUUGACAGAAAAAACAUUGAUUUGUUUUUGUCUUUUCUUCCAUCCCAUCAUCUUUUUUUUCCACUACUGACCCCAGAUACAUCCUUUAAGACACACUUUUUUUUAGUUUUUAUCUUUAAUGUAUUUUUUUGGACUAGGCAAGGAUAUCCACUACUACCUACAGAAUCUGCUCUACCGUUUGGAUGCCUCAUACACAACUUCAUUGUGUUUUUUAGCAUUUGACGCAUUAGAUGGAUUUUAUUUUUGGUGGUGUGUUGUCUUGCUGCGCACCACUGAGUAAAGCAAAAUACACAGUAAAACUGCACGGCUUGGCAUGACAGAGUGCAUGUGAGCUUUGUUUUAGAACUCAAAUGUACCAAAAACACAAGCUUGAUGGAAAUGAAUAUGGGACUAGUGAAUUAUGUUGUCUUGUUAUGUUUGCCAUCUUGUGCCUGUAUGUAACGUGUCUUUACAGCAUCUUUUUUAUACUUAUUGAGUCCGAUUAUGUCACUUUGAUAGGCAUGUUCCAUUCACCCAUUGUGCUUUAUUUACGGCCUGAUUUUAAACUGGGGAUGAGCUUUUUGCAAAGUAAUAGUUAGAGAUUAAUAUAUUUAACAUCAUUCUUGUAAUUUAAAAUCUUUAAUAAAAAUGUAAUGUCUUAACCAAUCUUAAAUCUUUGACUAAUCUCUAUUUAAAGAGAUUUUCGGGGGCUUGUUUUAUAAUGUUUUUUUUCUUCACAUUUGACUGAUUUUUUUCACAAAGAGAUAGAUUUUUUUAAUGCUGUACUUUAUGGAUUUCUUAUCUGUUGACAUGCUGUCUGUAACAUUUCUACAAAGACAUGUAUUUUUAAAGUGCAAAUAACACUAAAUGGGUGAAGGAUUGCAAUGGCUGCCAGACAGAGAAAACAAGGCAAGGGAAGUUACUGUUAAAGGGACCUGUAUGUGGUCUGUUGGUGACAUGUUCAAGUGCCUGCAUCAACUCCUCUUCUUUAUCAACAGGAAUAAGCAAUCCACUAAUGUUUGGGUCUGGUUUUCUAGUCACGCAGCUAAACAAGGCACUUUUCACACACAAAUACGUAAGCGGGGUAGAUGAUGUGUUGGCGGGGUGUGCAAAUGUCACCAUGGCAACCUGUCGUCAGUGCCCAACCACAUCUGUUACUCUAGAGACUGACAGAGAUCCACUAGUCUGAUUUGGUUCUGUUCAUUUGUUUGCGUUUUUCAUCGAUUUUCAUUAUUCUGCCUUCUGCCAGAGCCUUCCCCUCUGCAAACAUUUCAGAAUCUUUCAUCUCAUUUGCUACCAGACAGAUAUAGACCCAGGUAGAUGCAUAUUUAGUAGUCUGUAUUAAUCAAAGUAGAAGUUGUAAAAAAAAAAAAAAAGGUUUUUCAUUCUUUUUAUGGAUGAUCUUGUAGGUAAUCAAUUUGUGCAAUAACUGUUGUUCUUCUCAUUUUGUAAUCCAGUUUUAAUUGAUGAUAUGAAUGCAAGAUAACCUUAUUUUUGUAAAGAAACCUGAAAAGUGUAAAAAGAUGUAUGUAUAUGAGGAGAACUGAUGCUCACACAGGAGCUUCUGUGUGAUGAAGUGAUAUUUGAAUGACGGUUUAAGGGGGAAAGUUUCCCAAAUGCCUAAAUAAAAGCUGUCAGAAUCUCACCAGAAUCGGCAUUAAGAUAUUUAGCAACAGCCUUUGCUCAAGUAGAGAAGUGGCUCAGACUCUUGAUUUUGGCUUUUGGAAACCUUCCCCGUCUCAUCUUAAAAAGCCUCUGUGGUGAAUCUGCUGCAUGAACUGUAGCCGCGCUCUCAGCUCCCAACCCCCCCACCAUCACCACCACCCCCACAACCAUGUUGAGGGUUAUGUUUUAUGCACUCCAUGGGCUUAGGGAAUGUAUAUUGUACUGGCGGCUCUCCACUACAGCAAACCCCAAGGGCC